AUGGCCAUGGCCGCGCCCGCCCCGCCGGGUCAGCGCCCCCCGCGCCCGCCCGCCCGCCCGGUCAGCGCCCCCGCGCCGCCCCGCCCCGCCCCGCGCACCGGGGAUCCGCGCCGCCUGCUCCGCCAUGGCGCUGCCUCGGCUCGGCCGCGCCGCGGAAAGGGCCUGGUGGGGCUGGUGACCGGCGGGGCCUCGGGGCUGGGCCGCGCCACGGCAGAGCGGCUGGUGCAGCAGGGCGGCCGCGUGGUGCUCCUCGACCUGCCCACGUCCGAGGGGCCCGGGCUGGCCCGCGAGCUGGGCGAGCGCUGCGCCUUCGCCCCUGCUGACGUGACGUCCCCCGAGGAUGUGGCGGCGGCGCUGGCGCUGACGCAGAAGCAAUUUGGGCGGCUGGACCUGGUGGUGAACUGCGCCGGGAUCGGCAUCGCCGUCAAGACCUACAACAGCAAGCGGGACAAGGUGCACGAGCUGGAGGACUUCCAGCGCGUGGUCAACGUGAACCUCGUGGGCACCUUCAACGUGAUCCGCCUCAGCGCCCAGCUGAUGAGCCGCAACGCGCCCGACGCCGACGGGCACCGGGGGCUGGUGGUGAACACGGCCAGCGUGGCAGCCUUCGAGGGGCAGGUGGGGCAGGCGGCCUACGCGGCCUCCAAGGGCGGCAUCGUGGGCAUGACGCUGCCCAUCGCCAGGGACCUGGCAUCGCUGGGCAUCCGCGUAGUCACCAUCGCGCCAGGGCUGUUCUCCACCCCGCUGCUGGCCGGGCUGCCCGAGCGGGUGCGGAGCUUCCUGGGGCAGCAGGCGCCCUUCCCACCCCGGCUGGGCCACCCCGGCGAGUUCGCCCACCUGGUCCUGGCCCUGGCCGAGAACCCCAUGGUCAACGGGGAGGUGGUGCGGCUGGACGGGGCCCUGCGCAUGCAGCCCUGAGCCCCCCGGGGCCGCCGCCACUGCGGGGACACUGCGGGGAAGCCACCGCCGCUGGCAAACUGCCGCCAUGGGGGUGUCACCGCCACGGGGACACCACGGGACUGCUGCCGCCAUGGGGACCACCACCGCCACAGGGACACUGUGGGACUGCCAGUGCCUCGGGGACGUCACCGCGCUGGGGCCGAUGACGACCCUGUCAAUAAAACGUGACCUGUC